AUGUCCAAUGUUCAGCCAUCGUUUGAUGUGCAAUAUAAAGUGCUCUUAUUAGGUGAUACACUAGUAGGAAAAACGUCUUUAAAUCGAUUUAUAGCUAAUAGAGAUUUUCGUACAGAUAUAUCGUCUACUGUGGGAAUUGAUUUCAUUAACAAAAUAAUUCCCGUUGAAAAAUCUAAGAUUAAUUUACAAAUAUGGGAUACUGCUGGCCAAGAACGUUUUCGUUCAGUGAGUCGAGGCUAUCUUGGCGCAUCGAAAGCACUUAUAUUAAUUUACGAUGUAACGAAUAGAAGUACGUUUGAAAUAAUCGAUUAUUGGAAUCAAUGUAUUGAAAAAGCGGGAUUAGAUUUAGAACAUCGUUAUCUUGUUGCAAAUAAAAUUGAUUUAUCGGCAGAACGUGUUGUGGACGAAGAAACCGGUCAUCGAGUUUUUUAA